AUGGAUGACAAGGGGCUCUCAGGUUCAUUUUUCUCUAUAUCUGAGGAGAAUAGAAAAACUGACUUUCUUUCCAAGUACAACCAGCCUAAGUUUAGGAAAGGGCCGGCAGCAUUUUCUCCUCUAUUCGACCCACACUCAGCUGAUGGAAGUGAGGAAAAGAUCUUAACAGCUGACAUUCAGCACAUGGAAUAUUGGGUCAAAUCGGAGGCUGAAAAAUGCAAGAUUGAAGUUGAGGAGCGACAUCAUGCUGAAAUGAAUGCUUUUGCUGAACAACUGAGACUCAAGGACGAAAAAAUAGAAGGUUUCCGCUGGCGUUUGUUGAGCAUGGAACUAGAAUCAAAGAGGCUUCAGUCGCAUGUUGAGGGGCUCAAUCAUGAGCUGGCAAAGAUCAGGCAAGAUAAUCUCAAGUUGGAAGCUCUACUGCUGAACAGAGAAGCAGAUUUACACACUCUGAGAGAACAGUUGGCAUUGCUGUCAAACCCACCAGAUUUCCAGAAAACUAACUUCAACUCGUCUCUGCACGAGGUAGCUGUAUCCCGUGAUACUGUUUGGUCAAAAUUCAAAAUUAUAAAAAGAAAACCCGGGAAAAAUGAGCAAGAAACAAAGAUGAAACCUGAGGCAAUUGAGGUGGAAGAUGAAUCCCUGGAAAAUAAGCAUAUCAAGGAUAUAGUUUUGACUCUUGAAUCUCCACAGAAGGAGAUAAAGGAAGGGGAAGUUGCUGCCUUUUCCGAGGAUAUUGUGAAUGCUGAAACUUCAACUUCAAUAGGCCAGGGAAUAAGUACAAAAAUUAAUCCUACAUGGAAGGUGGAUCUUCACGCGCUCGGAGUCUCAUACAAAAUCAAAAGGCUGAAGCAGCAAUUACUCAUGCUUGAGAGGUUAAUAGGAAAUCAAGGAAGUUGUGAUAAAAGUGAGAGCAACGACGACGAACAAUUUGGGAUAAAGGGAUUUUAUGCACUUAUGUCAUUCUUGAAUAAACAAGUCGAUCGAUACCAGUCCCUUCAGGGAAACGCAGACGAUAUUUGCAAACGAAUGCAUGAGAAUGCCCUGGAUUUCAACGGUGGAAGUUCCAGAAUUUCUAGAACGGAGGAGGAAACGAGAAAGCUAGAGCACUUCCUUGAAGAAACCUUUCAACUGCAGCGAUAUAUUGUUGCGACAGGGCAGAAACUAAUGGAAGUCCAAACUAAGAUUGCUUCCAGCUUUAUAGGGGACAUAGAAGAAGUCGAAAAGCCUGCUAAUUUUGACAUGAAGCGAUUCGCUGAUACUGUUAGAACUCUUUUCAGAGAAGUACAGAGAGGGCUUGAAGUCUGGAUAUCUCGACUCAUAGGGGAUCUUGAGGGAACCCUCGCAUGUGAUUGUAUCACCCAUUUCCAAAGAUAGCGCCGCCGUCCUGUGAAUACUUGAAGGAAGAGGCCAAUACAAAGUUCUUAACUUGCCAUUUCUCUAAUACUUUGCGGAACUUUUAUAGUGAAUAAGCUGUUCUACUGUCUUAAAUUAUUCAUCUAACUACAAUGCUUGCAGUGAGUAAAACACAUAUAUGAUUCAGAAACAAUAAAAUCGGGGCCGACGAGCCCUUUCAUUUGGAACAGUCA